GAGGGAGAGGCAGCCCCCCCCCUCUCCUUCUCUCUGUCUCUGCCUCCUGAUUGGCUGCUUGUUCGCCCAGCUGACUGCCCUCUGUCAGACAGAGAGAGAGAGAGACAGGGAGGGUGAUGGAGGCUACAGCGAUGGGGUCAGACGUGGGUCCUCCAACAUGGCGGCAGCGUCAUACGACCAGCUGCUGAGACAGGUGGAGGUGUUAAAGAUGGAGAACUCCAACUUGAGACAGGAGCUGCAGGACAACUCCAACCACCUGACCAAACUGGAAAGUGAGGCCUGCAACAUGAAGGAAGUGCUGAAGCAGCUGCAGGGCACCAUAGAAGAAGAGUCUGGAGACGCGUCUGGCUCUCAGCUGGAGCUCAUUGAGAGACUGAAAGAGAUGAGCCUGGAGUCUGCGGGUUUUAAGCCCAGGUCGAGGCCUCCUCUGCCCCCCUCGUCCUCCUCCAGCUCGACCUCUUCUGGUUCUGGAGCUCCUGGAGGAGCAGCUGGAGGCUCCGGAGCUCCAGGCCCCCCGACGACCGCCGGCUUCCCCAGGAGAGGGCUGCCGACUGCGGGCAGAGACAGCCAUGACCGAUGCCUGGAGGACCUGGAGAAGGAGAGGUCUCUCCUAUUGGCUGAGCUGGAGAAGGAGGAGAAGGAGAAGGACUGGUAUUACGCUCAGCUGCAGAAUCUCACCAAGAGGAUCGACAGUCUGCCGCUCACUGAGAACUUCACUCUGCAGACGGACAUGAGUCGGCGCCAGCUGGAGUUUGAGGCUCGUCAGAUCCGUUCAGCGAUGGAGGAGCAGCUGGGCUCCUGUCAGGAGAUGGAGAGGAGGGCUCAGGCUCGCGUGUCCCGUAUUCAGCAGAUAGAGAAAGACAUCCUGAGACUGGGAGCACGGCUGCAGGUAGCCUCCCAGGUGACCUCACAGGUGGAGGAAGCUCAGGGGCCGAGCGACAGCAGUGGAUUGGCCGGAGUUCAGAGCUCCAGCAGCCGGUUGGACCACGAACCAGCCAAUGAGGCGAGCUACUCUGUGCCUCGACGAAUCACCAGCCACCUGGGAACCAAGGUGGAGAUGGUGUACAGUCUUCUGUCAAUGUUGGGGACUCAUGAUAAAGACGACAUGUCGCGGACUCUGCUCGCCAUGUCGAGCUCGCAGGACUCGUGCAUCGCCAUGCGUCAGUCGGGCUGUCUGCCGCUGCUCAUCCAGCUGCUGCACGGCAACGACAAGGACUCCCUGUUGCUAGGUAACUCCCGCGGCAGUAAAGAGGCUCGUGCGCGGGCGUCGGCAGCGCUGCACAACAUCGUUCACAGCCAGCCCGACGACAAGAGAGGCCGGCGUGAGAUCAGGGUGCUCCACCUGCUGGAGCAGGUGCGUCAUUACUGCGAGGAGUGUUGGAGCUGGCAGGAGAACCACGAGAGGGGCGUCGACCAGGAGGACAACCCCAUGCCGUCUCCAGUGGAGCAUCAGAUCUGUCCGGCCGUCUGCGUCCUCAUGAAACUUUCCUUCGACGAGGAACAUCGGCACGCCAUGAACGAACUCGGCGGUCUGCAGGCGGUGGCGGAGCUGCUGCAGGUGGACUGUGAGAUGUUCGGUCUGAGCAGCGAUCAUUACAGCGUCACGCUGCGGCGAUACGCCGGCAUGGCGCUCACCAACCUGACCUUCGGAGACGUAGCCAAUAAGGCCACGCUGUGCUCCAUGAAGGGCUGCAUGAGAGCGAUGGUCGCUCAGCUGAAGUCUGACAGCGAAGACCUGCAGCAGGUGAUAGCGAGCGUGUUGAGGAACUUGUCGUGGCGUGCUGAUGUCAACAGUAAGAAGACGCUGCGUGAGGUCGGCAGCGUGCGAGCGCUGACGGGCUGUGCUCUCGAGGUCCAGAAGGAGUCGACCCUGAAGUCCGUACUGAGCGCGCUCUGGAACCUGUCGGCUCACUGUACGGAGAACAAGGCGGAUAUCUGCGCGGUGGACGGCGCGCUGGCGUUUCUGGUGGGAACGCUGACGCACUGCAGCCACACCAACACGCUCGCCAUCAUCGAGAGCGGCGGCGGCAUACUGCGCAACGUCUCCAGCCUCAUCGCCACCAACGAAGCGCACAGGCAGAUCCUGCGUGAGCACGGCUGCCUGCCGACGCUGCUACAGCACUUGAAGUCUCACAGUUUGACCAUCGUGUCCAACGCCUGCGGGACGCUCUGGAAUCUGUCGGCCAGAGACGCCAAAGACCAGGAGGCAUUAUGGGAGCUGGGCGCCGUGGGCAUGCUGCGCAACCUCAUUCACUCCCGGCACAAGAUGAUCGCCAUGGGCAGCGCCGCCGCCCUGCGUAACCUGAUGGCCAACCGGCCGGCACGCUACAAGGAUGCCAGCGUGGUGUCGCCGGGCGCCGGCGCCCCAUCACUGCACGCCCGCAAACAGAAGGCGUUAUUCGAGGAGCUGGACGCCCAACAGCUGUCAGAGACUUUCGACAACAUCGACAACCUGAGCCCCAAGGCGGCGCACAGGAAGGGGCGGGGCUGUAACGGCGCCGGUGGAGGAGGAGGAGGGAACACAACGCGCUCAUACACCAACACGCCGGUGCUGUCGAGCCCGAAGAACGGAGACGGAUCAAAAAGGACGGGUGAGGAAGUGACAUACGCUCGGCCGGUGUUCCCGCCCAGCGUCCGAGCGUCCAGCGACAGCCUCAACAGCGUGACGAGCGCAGACGGGUACGGCAACCGCGGCAAGACCAAACCGUCAGCGGAGCCGUUCUACUCGUCAGACGAGAGCCGAGACAACAAGUGCUGCGUCUACAGGAAGUACCCGGCCGACCUCGCACACAAAAUCCGCAGCGCCAACCACAUGGCGGACGACGACGGCGCGGAGUUGGACACGCCCAUCAACUACAGCCUGAAGUACUCCGACGAACAGCUGAAUUCUGGGAGACAGAGUCCGAGUCACCGUGGCAGCAUCGAGAGCGACGAGGACGACGAAACGGACGCCAGGCUGAGGAGGAGGAACGACGGCGGCGACUCGGCACCGACCAGCGGCCGCAUAGCGUCCACCCCGCAGCCGCGCUACGUCGUCGCCACGGCAACGUCAGACUACGUUGGUGACUCCACCGGCGAGCAGCCAAUCGACUACAGCCUGAAGUACGGCACUGACGCCGCCCGCAAACCGCUGUUCAAGCCACAAGAGACCGCUGCCCCCUCCGUCCCACCUCCUCCGUCAUCCUCUGCCAACAAGCUCCGCCCCCCUCCACCCACAGCCAAUCGGACGGGGCCAAAAGGCAACCAGGAGUCCACGCAGACGUAUUGCGUGGAGGACACGCCCAUCUGCUUCUCCAGAGGCAGCUCGCUCUCCUCGCUGUCAUCAGAGGAGGAAGAUGAGGAUGGCGAUGUCAUUGGGAGGAAGAGGAGGGGCGGCAGCGGCGGCGGCAGUAAUGACUAUCCGACACUUCCUGUCAGCGAGAAAGACGCACACGAACAGCAGCAGAGGCAGCAGAAGGAGGCGGAGAGCCAGACCGCCACUGCUACCGCCGCUUCCUCCUCACGGGGAAGACGUGCUCACCACCACCAUCACGGCCACGCCCACCACCAUCACCACCACCAUGUGACGUCAUCGGGUGCCAGGACUCCGAAGAGUCCACCGGAGCAGCCGUACGCUCAGGAGACGCCGCUGAUGUUCAGCCGCUGCACGUCCGUCAGCUCCCUCGACAGCUUCUCCACCUCUUCCAUCGCCAGCUCCGUGCGCUCCAGCGAGCCGUGCAGCGGCGUGCCGAGCGGCGUGGUCAGUCCCAGCGACCUGCCUGACAGCCCGGGACAGACUAUGCCGCCGAGCCGCUCCAAGACGCCGCCGCUGCCGCCAGCGACGCAGAACACAAAGGAGGAGGAAAAGACGAAGAAGAAGGACGAGGAGGAGAGCAGCGCAGACGUCCUGCUGCACUUCGCCACGGAGAGCACGCCGCACGGCUUCUCCCGAGCCUCCAGUCUGAGCGCGCUCAGUCUGGACGAGCCAUACAUCGCAGCAGAGAUGAGGGGGAAGAAAGAGGAGGAGGAGGGAGGAAACGAGGAGAGGAAGGAGGAGGCGGCUGCGAAACCGAUCCUCGACGAAUCGGACGACGACGAUGACAUUGAGAUCCUGGAGGCGUGCAUCAACAUGGCCAUGCCCAAGUCGUCACGGAAACCAAAGAAACAGCAACAAGCAGCGCCAAGGAAACCCAGCCAGCUUCCUGUUUAUAAGCUCCACCCACCUCAAAGCCGCGCCCAAUCACAGCAGAGGAAGGACGUGCCGCCGCCAGCGGAGGAGGUGCCGAGAGUUUACUGCGUGGAGGGAACGCCGCUCAACUUCUCCACCGCCACCUCGCUUAGUGACCUCACCAUCGACUCCCCACCCAAUGAGGAGGCAGCAGCAGCUGUCAUACCUGUAGCCCCGCCCCCCUCCAGCCAGAGGAGGGGGGCGGGACUACCUGAGGGUGAGAAUGGUGACGACAUCCUCGCCGAGUGCAUCAGCGCCGCCAUGCCCAAAGCCAAACCCAGAAAACCAAUCAGAGCAGCAGCGAACAGCGAGCACCUCCAAGCCCCGCCUCUUCCUCCUCCGGUCCCGCCUCCUCUUGGCCUGCAGCAGCAGAAGAAGAAGCCGACGUCGCCGGUGAAGCCGAUGCCCCAGCGGGCGGCUUAUGGCGUCGCCACGGCAACAGCCGCCAAAGCAAAACCAGGGUUUGCCUUUGACUCGCCGCACCACUACACGCCCAUUGAGGGCACGCCGUGCUGCUUCUCACGCAACGACUCGCUGAGCUCGCUCGACUUCGACGAAGACGACGGCGGUGAGAAGGACGAAGAGAAGAAAAGAAAAGAAGAAGAAGGCAGGAAGAGGAAGCAGCAGACGGCGGCUGUUUUCCCGCGAACGAAACCUGCAACCAACGCGGCGUCGACGACAGACGAGAAGCAGAAGUUUGCCAUCGAGGACACGCCCGUCUGCUUCUCCAGAAACUCCUCCCUGAGCUCGCUGAGCGACAUUGACCAGGAGAACAACAACAAGGAGUUCGCUCCGCCGCCGCCACCGCCGCCUGAGCAGCAAGAUGGAGGCAAAGCAGCAAUAAAGUCUCCUCCUCCUCCGCAGGAAGAGUUGAAGCCCCGCCCCAAUGCGGCGAGCGGCUACGCCCCCAAAGCGUUCCAUGUGGAGGACACGCCUGUCUGCUUCUCCAGGAACUCGUCGCUCAGCUCGCUGAGCAUCGACUCGGAAGACGACCUGCUGCAGGAGUGCAUCAGCUCCGCCAUGCCCAAGAAGAAGAAGAAAGCUGCAGCCGCCGCCGCCAACGCCUCCGUCGUAACGCCACUUCCAGUCACCAAAGCUGAAGAUGGCAUUUUGGCCGAGGAGGAGCCUUCAGAGGCGCCAAGAAGCCCCGCCUCCCCUGAUUCAGAGUCAUUUGAUUGGAAGGCGAUCCAGGAAGGCGCCAACUCAAUCGUCAGCAGCCUGAACGCUGCCGCCGCCGCCGCCACGUCUCUGUCCCGCCAACCGUCAUCAGACUCUGACUCGGUCCUGUCCCUGAAGUCUGUGGGCUCGCCGUUCCGCCUGCCGGCAGCCAAUAACAAUGCAGAAGAAGAUGUGGAGGAGAAGGAGGAGGCGGCGGUGAAGCGAGGGGCGAGGAUCCUGAAGAGCGGUGAACGCAGCUCGCUGGAGGCCAAGAAGAAGAAGGAGGAGCUAGAGGAGGAGGAGGAGGCGAAGGCGCUGAGAGGCGGGAAGAAGGUGUACAGCAGGAGUCUCAUAACGGGUAAGCCGAGGGCGGAGCCAGCAGCCAGGGGGCGCAGCAAACCCAGAGCAGCAGCCGUGGCCAAACCUCCAGGAAGCAGCGAAGGCGCCGACAGAGGAGGCGGGUCCUCUCGGGACUCCACGCCGUCUCGCUCUUCCACAGCAGCCAAUCAGAAAGGAGGGAAGCUGCUGCAGAUGCCGCGCACGGCGUCUCCAGGAAGUGCAUCAUCAUCGUCUUCAUCGGCCUCCAGACCAGCCAAACAGAGCGGGGCAGCGAGGAGCGGCGGCGGCGGCGGCAUCCCUAGGAGCGAGUCGGCGUCGAGGGUCAGUGGCUCCACGGCGGCCAAGAAGCCGAAGGCGGAGCCAGAGAAGCCGGCGCUGGUCCGUCAGUCGACCUUCAUCAAAGAAGCACCGAGCCCGACGCUGAAGAGGAAGCUGGAGGAGUCUGCAGCAGCGGCGGCGGCGGCGGCGGCGGCUGCUACGGCGUUAGAGUCACCGUCCAGCCCCGAUACACCGCUACCAGCAACAACUAGGAGACACGACGUCAACCGCUCACACUCUGAGAGCCCGUCACGCCCGCAGGAAGUGACAUCAUCACGGUUCAGCCGCACCGGCACCUGGAAGCGGGAAAACAGUGCGGGGGGGGGGGGAGGAGGAGGGAGCGGCGGUAAACACUCGACAUCGUUACCACGCGUGGGAACAUGGAAGAGGUCAGGAAGCUCGUCGUCAGUGCUGUCGGCGUCAUCGGAGUCCAGCGAGAAGGGGCGGAGCGAGGAGGAGAGCGCUGUGAGGUCGAAGGGAACGUGGAGGAAGGCAAAGAGCGGCGGCGGCGGCGGCGGCGGCGGCAGCGGCGGCAGCGACUCGUCAGCCGGACGGAGCUUCGCCGAAAAAUCCGAAGACGUCUGGGUUCGUCUGGAGGACUGUCCCGUCAACAACCCGCGCUCCUCCUCUUCCUGUUCAGCCCGCUCUCCCACCACCGCCAACGCCCCGCCCGUCAUCGACAGCCCCGCGUCCUCCAAGAUCCCCUCCUCCUCCUCUUCCUCCUCCUCCAACCUCAACCUGCGCCGGAGCUGCGAGAGCCUCGACGACAAGCCGCCACCGCCGCCGCCGCCCGAGCGCCCCCAACACCAGCAGCAGCAGCAACGCAGUCAGCAGCGCAGCGGCGCCGUGGCGGCUCGAGUCAGCCCCUUCAACUACACGCCGAGCCCGAGGAAGAGCAACUCUGAGGUCACCACCACCCCCACCCCCACCCCCACGCCAACCACCACGACAGCAUCUUCAACAACCCCCACGCGACCUUCACUCAUCCCCACCCCCGUCACCAAAAAGCGGGAGCCGAAGGGCGGAGAGGGCGGCGGCAGCGGCGGAGAACGCGGUUCGUACAUAGUGACGUCGGUGUGAAAAGAACCAGGAAGAAGACUCUUGUAGACACAGAAUGGCUGCCACAGUUUGGAUAGUUGCCAGAACGGAGGACGUGUACAUACGGAGGGAGAAAUGUCAAAGUGUUUGUGAACUGUACAGGAAGUGUAUUUAAGUGCUAGCCCCGCCCCCUCCCCUCCCUCCUCUCCCCUCAUUGGCUCCCCUCACCUGUCCGUCACGGUUCUUUAAUCGACCAGAGAAAACUUUAAAAAUGAGCUUUUUAUGUUUUUAUACCACUAAAAAUGAUGUGUAGCGCUUAGCUCCGCCCCCUUUCUGCCUGUGUUCCCGCAUGGCCCCGCCCCCCUAACGAUGACCGUUACCAUGGUGAUAUAACGAUGAUGAUGACGAUGAUGAUGUUUCUGCUAGCUGUAGCGUCGGAGCUGAUUCGGCUCUUUUGGAAGUUUUCAUGUUUUUUUGAACGGAGUUUGGUUCUGAGGAAAAACGAGAUUUUUCUCCCGUUUUUUGGGUAGAAAUUAAUUUAUUUUCUCCGUGUGGAGACGAACGUGUCGACUCUGAUGCAGUUUGAGAUGAGAGUUUCAAAGUUAACCUUGUUUGAGUCCAAAAUAAUCCAAAAUAAUCCAGAAAACCUUUUUCAGCUGCAUUCAGUGACGUAGUUUAAUGAGCAGAUGUUUGACAGCUGUGAUGUUCAAAUUAAAGAUUCUCUGUCAGACGGAUGUAAAAAUCAGUUUUUCAGAACCUCACUCGUCACUCACACAAACGGAAUUUAUUGCAGAGGGAAGUUUGCCGCCAGCCGACCGAUCUGUAAACAUUUAAACACGUUGAAGAGCCGGUAUGUGAGGAAACGUUUGUUCUUGAACUUCCUGGUGAAUUUUGAGGAUUUGUAGUCGUCGUCGUCUGUUGGCUGAAAACUUCCCGCUCCGUGCCUCGUUGGAAACAAAUAACACUGUAAAACAUAAGUUAUUGCUGUAAAACCUUUUAACUUUGAAGCACAUAAUUUAAAACAAAAAUGUUUUUUUUUUUGCCAAAAUAAGUUUCCACAGUGUUCUUCAUGGCUGUAACUUGAUUUUUAUGUUGAUGCUGAGGAAAACAACUCUUUUUGGUGAAAUGUUAACCAGAUGAUGAACAAUAAAAAUUCAACAUUUUAGGUGCAAACGUU